AUGGUUAAGAAUGGAGAGCUUAUGGUUUCUUUGAGAACUGCUCGUGGCAUUCAUGAUAAUGAUUUUCUGAGAGAUGUAAAUCCUUAUGUAAUGCUUAAGUAUACUUCCUCACAGGUGAAAGUAAGCAGUGUAAGCUAUGCUCCAACAGUUUAUAGAACCGAUCCAUGGUGGGAUGAUGUCUUUUAUUUUGAUACUACUAACGGUGUUGAUGUACUUAAAAUUGAACUAUAUGAAAAUGCAAAUCACAAACUUAUUGGUGUCGCAGACAUUCCUUUAGAUAGUGUGUUCUUUGUGAAUACUAUUCCAGAAACUGAUUACCAGAUAUUUAAUGAUCAUGGUGUAUAUGUUGGAGACAUUUAUGUAGCCCUUACUUUCACUCCUCACCAGUUUUGA